CACAAUUCACUAAUCUUGAGGUAAAAUGGCGUCGGGUGCCAUUUCCACGGAGCCCAAGAAAAUAUCAGAAUUGCGAGUUGUUGAUCUUAAAUCCGAACUCAAACGAAGGAAUUUGGACACUUUUGGUGUGAAGAGCGUUCUGCUUUCAAGAUUCAGACAGGCCAUCGAAGAUGAAGGCGGUGACCCAGAAAACAUUCAGAUCCAGCUGCCAACUGACGCGUCAUCUCGGAAAGGUGGAAAAGCUAAAGGGAAAAGACUGGAUUCGGAUGCAGACACCACAGCAGAUGAAGAUGUCUUUUCUAAGGAGACGGAGGAGUACGAGUCAGAGAAAGAUGUAACUGAUACAGAUGAUGGUAUUCGUGAAAAUUCUAAGCCUGCGCCCUGCGAAGACAGCCUAGCUCAGGCUGAGUCAGAAGGUAUGGCAGCUGAGGCUGAUUCAGAGCCUGAGCCAGAGGACGAUGCUGAGCCAGAGGUGGAUGAGGACGCUGAACCAGAGAUGGAUGGAGACGCUGAACCAGAGAUGGAUGGAGACGCUGAGCCAGAAGUAGAGCCCGAACUAGAAGAGAUGGAUGCUCAAGGCAUGAAUACCUCUAAAGAAGCUGAGGAUGAUCAUCUGUCCGUCUCAAUCCCAAAUGAAGACGCCAUCACCCUAGAUGUUGAUGGUGACGAUCUCCUGGAAACAGGUAAACAUGUGAAACUUCCAGAUCCAGAGGGCGAGAAGGGCUUUGAUGAGCCAGAGGCCUCUGCCGAGAUGGUCCCAGAUGAUGAGGAUGAUGAUGAUGAUGAUAUGAAGGCGGAAGAGCCAGACAGCCACAAAGAUGGUAAGAAAGAGGAUGGAUCCCGGUCUGAGAGCAUGAAGAAGGACACCAGAGACUCCCUGAAGAAAGCUGAAACGGGAGAUAAAGAAAAGGAGUCUGGGAAGAAAGGCCCCUCCACAACUGGGGCAUCAGGUCAAGCAAAGAGCUCUUCAAGAGACAGAGAUGGAAAAGUGGCCAAAGAUGAAAAGGGGGUAGUCAGUAGCAGCAACAGCUCUUCUCGUAACAUAUGGGUGAGCGGCCUUUCUUCAAACACCAAAGCAGCUGAUUUGAAGAACCUGUUUGGCAAAUAUGGGAAGGUCCUAAGUGCCAAGGUGGUUACAAAUGCUCGCAGCCCAGGUUCAAAGUGUUAUGGCUUGGUGACACUGUCUUCCAGUGCAGAGGUGGCAAGGUGCAUCUCCCACCUUGACUGUACGGAGCUCCAUGGACAGAAGAUCUAUGUUGAAAGGGCCAAAAACGAUCCAUUCAAAAAAGAUCCAUCAAAGAAAGAAGCAGAGGACAAAGCAACUUCGGGCAAGUCAAGCGAUAAGCGUAAUGCCACUGGGAUAAAACUACCUAACAAACCACAAUCACCUUACAAAAAAGAAGACAAGAAAUCAGAGAAAGUUUCUGAAAAAGACAAAGAAGGGAAGAAACAGGAGGUCAAAAGUGGAAGAUCCGGCUCUGUGUCUUCAAACUCAGGACAGGAAUCUUCAAAGAACGAUGAUAGAAAAUAUGCAAGAUCAAGGAGUCCAGGCGAUAUAAUGGUAGUAGAUCACGCCAAAGGAGAUGCUAAUUUUGGCAAAAUAAGACCUUUCAGAAGGGGCAGGUUUUUUGAGAAGCCCUUUAUGAAUAUGAAUGUUCAAAGAAGGCCAAAAUGGUUGCUUCCUCCUGAAGAGCUGGAAAUGAUAAAAGAGAGACAGCGGGCUUUUGCUAACAAAGGGGAAGAUGGUGACAUUCUGCCUUUUGAGAAGAUGAAGGAGCAGAGGAUGCGUGAACGGAUGGCCCGUCUAGAGCGCGCCCGUAGAGCUGUAGAAUUGCGCAGGAGACGUGAAAUCGCUGAACAAGAACGACGUGAGCGUAUUCGGCUGUUAAGGGAGCGCGAAGAACGGGAAAACCUGCUCCGUGAGCGGCAAAGACUUGAGAUGGAAAGACAAAAACUCGAAAGGGAGCGCUUGGAGAGAGAGAGGCUGGAAAGGGAAAGAAUUCGCAUUGAGCAGGAACGUCGCAAGGAAGCAGAGCGCCUAGCGCGUGAACGCGAGGAGCUGCGUAGGCAGCAGGAGCACCUUCGCUACGAGCAAGAAAAGAGAAACAACCUCAAAAGAGGUCGUGAAGUGGAACACGGCCGCAGAGACGAGCCGUAUUGGAAUGGCAAUAAGAAGAUGCCGCCUGACGUUCGUGUGAACCCAGGCUCAAACUACAACCGGCAGCAGAAUCGCUUUUCAAACUUCAAUCCACGAGAGAGGGGCCGCUUCCCAGAGGCUGCAGCUGAGCAGCCCAACACUUAUGACAGACGUAAUAGGUUUGAUGGCGAACCAGAGGUUAAGAAGAGUCGUCCUGCUCCUCACAGAGAGGGUUCUGGCUUCGAGCGCUACCCUAAGAACUUUGAAACAGUCCGCAGAGCGGAGCCGCCACCGCCACGUGCUGAACUCCGAGAUGCUGAACACAGGGACAGAGACGAGAGGCGACCUGUUCCCAUGCAUGACCGACCUAUGGGAGCCAGAGCUGCAAUGCCCAACAUGGCACACAACCGCUCAACCAGAGAUGGAGGGCAUGGAUGGAAAAACGAUGGAGGCCUCAAUUCCAACAAGGGAGAAAUACGGGGACCUAUGCGAAUGCGUCCAGAGCGAUCAGGCAGGGAUGGUCCAGGCCCUUCACUCAGAGGAGCAACUUCAGCCACACGUGGAAGGAGCAGCUUUAACGAUCGAGAUGGAGGAAGACCUAUGGUGAUGAGUGAUCAGCCAUUCACUUCAGGACGCCAGGUUGUGGUGGAACGUCACAGCAGGGACCAGGGGCUCAGAAAGGAGUGGCAGGGCGGCUCAAGCUCACAACGCGGCGGCUUCUCUGACAGUCGCAGGAUGGGAGACAGCCGUGGCAGCUUGAUGGCUUCUUCCAGUCACUCUUCAUCUGGACUGAACCGAAUUGUACAGAUCACCAGCAACUCUGUUCCCAGUGGUGGCAGUGUGGGUGGAUUCAAGCCCUUCAAAGCAACGCAGCGGCAGUUUUAAUCGCAGCCAAAUUUGAGCAUUUGACUUUUCUGAACUCUUUAUUUUUAGACGUUCAACAGUUUUAGGCACAUUUGUAGCCACAGCGUUGGUAACACUAUUUAAUUUUGUGUAGAUGUUUACCUCAGUGUAAGGUUUUUUUUUUUUUUCGACUGCUCUACUGCUACAAUAAACAACCCUGUGCACACGUUUUACUUAUUUAGGAAGAUAUUGUACAGCCGCACGUCUUUGUAACAGGUUUUUAAGUGAUGUUAGUCUCUACAAGUGAGUGUUCUAUGUACAUUUUUAAUACCUUGGUGUCACACUCACUUUUCCAGGGCAAUCUGUUAAUGUGUCUCAGAGCACAUGAAGUGAUAGGGUUCAUUCCUUCGUUUCGACGUUUCUGUUAAAUAGAUGAGAGAAGUGUUUGUUGUGAGUAGUCCUCCUUGUAACGAUCUAUCAACUGAGGAAGAAUUUGUGAGAACCUCAACAAACUAAAAUAACCUAAAUGGUUCUUCUCGGGCAACAAAAUUAACUGAUCUGGUACAAUAAUUCAAAAUCAUGCAAUAUUCCUCUUUACUAGCAGAAAGUACCUGGAUGACUGCAUGUAAAAAGUGGUAAACAGGAAUCGGUGUGACUAAACCCUCUGUGAGGUGCUGCUAUGUUGCUGUUUUGUAAUUUUAGUUCAACGUACAUAGACUUGCAUCAUAUAAAUACCACAUCAAGCUUUAUAAAACCGGUGUGAUUAAACCACAAAUCUGUCAGAACGAUUGAUGCUGAUUGUAAGCCAUCUCUGCAUUGUUUAUACACGCCAAUGUCAGGCACAGUCCUAGAUUCUCAUGUUAAAGCAGCUUCUGAGUUUCACAGUUUCUCUGCAAGUUGACCUCAAAAAAGGUGUUUGUUCUAUGAUGGAAAUUUUGUUAGAAAUGUGAAUAUGAGCGUUUAGACCAAGCUGGAACCUGAACAUACAGCUUUGAUGUGUAAUGCGUUGUACAGUUUUUCAUUGAAGCUGUUGAUUUUAAAAAUAAGUUUGCGGUCUUUA